GUUAAGUAUAUUUCGACCCGGUUUAUUCUGUUGCGUGCGUUCCCUAUACUAGCCCUAAGUUCAGCCGGCAAAGGUUGCGUUAACGUUUGUGAUUGGUUUCCGACGUGGCCAUUUGAUUUAACGGGAACGAACGCAGUCCAGUUUUACCAACAUUCCAUUUCGGUUAACUUCGGUGUUUAACAAGGCCGAUCAAAACAAAACAAAAUGGCGUUUCAAAGGACUGUGUGUGGUGUUGGUAAAAAUUUGCGACCUAUUUUAUUGUCAGCAAAUCACUCUCCCGUUGCAUCAUAUCAUAAAAAUGUGAUUGAUCAUUAUGAGAAUCCAAGGAAUGUUGGAUCCCUUGAUAAGAGUGACAAGAAUGUUGGAACUGGACUUGUUGGGGCGCCAGCCUGUGGGGACGUAAUGAAGCUUCAGAUUAAAGUUGAUGACGAUGGUAAAAUUGUUGAAGCCAAGUUCAAAACAUUUGGGUGUGGCUCAGCUAUUGCCUCAAGUUCUCUUGCUACUGAAUGGGUGAAAGGAAAGUCGAUGGAGGAAGCUAUUAAAAUCAAGAACACGGACAUUGCAAAGGAACUCUCACUUCCACCGGUUAAACUUCACUGCUCCAUGCUUGCGGAAGAUGCUAUCAAGGCUGCUCUUAAUGACUAUAAACUGAAGAACAACAUUGGUGAUCCACCACAAGGAGAGAAAGUGGCAGGGAGAAACUGACAGACUCUUCCUUGGGAUUGUACGUGUUGAAUUGAGUUUUUGUCAGUGUUAACGUAUAAUGGUGGUUUGUAGCUGACAGCUAGAACAAAUGCUCUCCACGUCUUUUGUCCAAAUUGUUAAAUUGAUUUGAUGUUUGUUGUUUUGAGAAUGAAGAGUUUAGUGUUAAUUUUGUAUUUAAAAAAAUUGUGUUGGCAUAGGUUGGAAUUUUGUGUGUUGUUUAAGUGUGACAAAAAUAAGCCAAGCGAAUCAUCAUCAUUUUUAAUGUACUUUUCCAAAUAAAUGCAGAUGUGGACUUUUGUUCCUGAGCAACUUUAACAAGAACAUUUGGUUGAAUUUAAUUAAAAAGAAUUGUGUGUUUAACCAAUACGUCGUAUGUGUAUAUAUUAAUUAUGAUAAUAAUACUCUAGAACAUAAUUUUUAUGUUAAGAACUUAACUGGAGAUUUACUUUGAAUAGGCAGUAUUCAUUAACCUGUGAAAUAUAAUAUGAUGUUAAAUCUGUAAUAAUGUUUUGGUAUAUAUCAGUUUUAAUUUUAUAAUUAUCUAUGACAUUGGGUUUUCGACUGUACAACUUCAGAUGCAUUUGUAGGGGGAGGGUUUUGGCAUAAACCUAUUUGGGUCCGAAAUCAUCUCAUAUGGGACAUGUGGAAAAAUUAAUCUUAAAAAGUUACAUUUGUAUUUACAAGAAUAGAAUAAUGAUUACAUAUGUUUAGAAUACCCCUCUCCCCUUCCCCAUCUAUUCAAUAAUAUUUAUUUUAGUUUAAAAAAAGUUAACAUGGAAUUCACUAGGAAACGAUAGUGACUGCAUUUAUGAACCUAUAGUGCAAUUUCCAUACCAAUAACGGGACAAUAUUUCAAAAUGUUAGGUAACUGGAAGUCAGUUCACGUGAGUUUUACUUGGGUAACUGAUUGUUCGGUUACGUGAAUAUAGUUCUCGUAACCGAUGAGUUAGGCCUACCUAAUCCUAAAACACUUGAACUAUGGUUCUGUGCUACAUUGGUAGUUCAAAUGUAUAACAUAAACUUAUUUUUACUUUCAUUACUGAUAUAUGGUACUUUUAAUUUUAGAAUGUAAUUGUGCACCAUAUAACUGAUUGGCAGUUCUUAUGAUUUUAAAGUUGCGUAACAGACACGCGAACAGAACAGUGGUUCUCGUGAAAUAUUUUGCCCUGCAAUAAUGUUCUGGUUCAUGUACAUACAUCAUGUUUUUUUAAAAUCUGUUUCUUCCAGGCCAUUCUUAAAAGAAAUAGUUUAUUGUAACUUGACAUAGUAUUGUAGCAAUGGCUACAAAGAGACUGGCAACUUCAAACUAUCAACAUCCCUGGCCAUAACUGAGGGUGUUCAUUAUCUUUAAAAGUAAAAGGCUCUUUGGCAUAAUUAGGCAGCUAUAUCUACUGUGUAGAGACUAUAUAUUAAUUUACUUGUAAGCAUAAAAACUAGAUGCUGGUGGUGGCAGCAGCAGAAACCACUGAAAAUCAUAGCCUUACACUCACUAAUGAACACUAAUAAUAAUAAAAGUUGUGAAACUACAAUUAACUUUUGUUUUACAACUGUCAAACAGUGAGAGCCUCUUUUAAACUAGUAGCCAGGGCUAAAUAAGCUUGGAGACGUCUGAGCAUAUGGCCCAGUUCCCUGUAUUAACACUGGAAGCCAUUUUUCCCUGCUUUGAUUUGUUUUGUGGGUUUUUUAAAGUAAAAAAAAAAAAAAAUUACAACUGAAAAAACAAUAGAACUUUUUUUAAUGAACAGGACAUACAAUUGUUUUUAAAGAUUCGCCCCAUCUUUAUAAAAAGGGUAUUUACAACUGCUAACUCAUAAAUGUUAUAAUAUCCAUUUGUUUUUUUGUGUAGGUUUUGUGGUGUUAGAAUUUAAUAACCAGUAGUAGUAGUCAUUGUGUUUAGAUAAUGCUGUUGAUUUUGUUGAAUAUAUAUUAAUGUUGGUGGCAUAGUGAGUUCACCAUUGAUUUCACUUGCAUGUGAAACUAUCAACCACUUUACAUAUCGGACCAAAAUGUUUUUUUACAGAGCUCAUAUAAUCGGGGGACAUUCGCCUGAUUGGAUUCUUCCCCAUCUCAGUCAGUUCCCCACAAACUGGUAUAUAAGGCCCAUGGUAUGUACUGUCCUGUCUUUUUGAGGAAAAGUAAUUACUUGGGCAGUUUCCUCUGAAGACUGUGUCAGAAUGAACAAAAAUUGACACCUCAAAAGCUAAUGAUUGAUUAAUCAGUGUGCUCUAAUAAUGUUGUUAAACUUUUAAGUUUAAUCAGGAAUUAGGCUGUAGCUCAGUGGCAGUGCUCUCUGUAAUCCUAUGUGGACCUAUAGGGAUUUCCCUUCCAAACUGGUAUCCUACAACUCGUACAUUAAAGGCUUCGGCAUGUGCUGUGAUAUUGGAAAAUGCAUAUAAAAGAUAUCGAGCUGCUAUUCAGUAGUGGAGGAGCUGGCGAAAGUUGACACCUGCAUCUAUGACGGCUUGUUCUGAAUGUGCACAUUAAAACCUAUGACCUGACCGGACCUAUUCGGUAGGAGUGGCAGAAGUGGGUUUUGUUUCUCUUUAAACCACAUGUUUAAAUAAUGUGUGAAGUUGGCACUGGAUUGGGGGAGGCUGCCUAGUUACCAUUUGCCCUUUGGCACCAAACACUCACUAUGCCACUGUUUACUGUAUGUUAUUAUUAUGUUGUUUUAAAAUGUGAAGCGCACAAAAAGAGUGUAUUUAUACACACAAUGUUACGUGUAAAUAUAGUACAAUACUUAAAAUGCAAUUUAUUACCAAAGACUGCCUUGUACAACACAUGUAUACCAUUAAUGAUUUAUAAUUAAAAGUAGUAUAGUUUUCCAGUUACAGUUAAGGAUUCUCUCAAAACUGAAUGAUACUUUUAAAAAAAUGCAUUUAAUUGGGUGUGAAGAUGUUAUAUCAUGUUUGGUUUUUUUUAAUUAUAUUUUGGCGUCCAAAUAUUGAUGCCAUUUAUUAAUCUAAUAUUAAAGAUGCAAUUUUGUCUGUUUUGGCAUCAUUCAGUUUUUGGGAUAAUCUCUUAUAAAUCAAAUUUGUUUGGGUCAUUUGUUAAAAUAAAAUCAUUUAAGUUAAUGAUCAGUAUAAGGGUACAUUGUAGAUUACACUUUUUACCCCAAUGCAUGCUCCUACUCUCAGAAUUCAUAAAAAUCUGUUGCAUAAUGGAUCUGCAACAGGAUUUUAUCAUUAUCAGGUAGAGCUGGGCAGUAUUGAAAUUUUAGGUUCUGUAUCAAGUAUUUUUGGGGUGAUUUACCUCAGUAUUGAUAUGAUAUUCGGUAUUGACACAAUACCAAUACCAAUAUCGAGCAGUAUUUUAGGUAUACUCUGCUUUAAAUGCAUGCCUGAGUUGAGGCUUACCCGCUAAUUUCAUCUAAAUAAAACUAAAUUCCAUACACAAGGCUCUUGUCUGAUUUAUACACAAUUCAUUUUGCAUUCGUUAGAUAUAUUGUUAGUGCUUUGCUAAAUCAUGGCGGGAAGUAUUUCUCAAUAACAAAACUUCAGUAUUUUUAAAUUUGCUCGGUACAGAAAAUCAAUAUUGACAUGAUACCUAUACCGAACAGUAUAUAUGGUAUACUGUCCAGCUCUAUUAUCCGGUAUUUACUUUAUUAUUAUUUGUUUAAAAUGGCUGUCGUAAGAUUACCUGAAUUUCGAGGGAUGCACUCAUAAUUGGGGAAAUAGAAAUAAUAAUAAUUUCUGAUAAAUUAUUAUUGGAUGAUUUGGCAUUUACAAAUAAAUGAUCUUGUUGGUACAAUGUACUAAAUAUCACAUCAUCACAAUUUGGCAAAAACUAAAAAUGAUGUUAUAUACUUUAAAGAGUUCGCAUUUAUGCCUCUCUGUUUUUAUUAUUAAAUUUUGUAAUAAAACGGGUUUUUUAAAUACAGUUCAUUACAUUUCAGUUCAUUUUUUUUUAUCAGAGUAAAUAGAACAUGUUUUUGAAGAUUGUUUGUGAACAGGAAUACAAUACAAAGUUAUAACAAUACUCGGAGCAGUGUAUAAAGUGGUUUACAUUGUUUCUAUAUAUACACGUGCAUGUAUGGAUAUUGAAAAUAAAAGGCUUUUUAAAAAAAAAAAUAGCUAUGUUUACAAAAACCAAACUAAUUCCAAUGAAGACAUUCUCCCUCCAAACUGUUCAGUUGUGUUAAUAGGCAAGAUAGAUAUUUGGAAAUGUUUUGUUAUUAGAAAUCUGUGAAAAUAGGUCAGUAAAUUAUGAGUAAUCGAGUUCCAGGGCUUUACCUAGCAAUACCAAUAAGAAAAGGUGUUCUUUUGUGCAGCUGGAAAAGAUACUGAUUCUUACCUCUCUCUUUUUUUUCUUUUUCUUUUUUUCUUUUUUUUUUUACUUCCCCUGUCCUCCAUGGUUAGGUUAGGUAAAGUCCUGGCUUUAAACUAAAAAGCAUACAGUUAAUAAAUUUAUGAUUGUGUGUAUAUGUAGGUUCUUUUUCUGAACAAGUGUUUGGCCUACAAUGUUUGCUUACAUGUUACAUAUGUACAGUAUUUAUUUUUAACAGUAAAAUAUAUAGUAAAGGCUUCUUUGUUUUUAAUGGAAUCGAAAAGCAAGAACUAACUUUAGAGUUAGAAUAACUUUAAUACUAAUACUAUAGUAUUGAUUGUUUUAUCACACAGGCUAAAUCGGUUUCAUUUGAUUUUUAUUUAAUUAUAAGAACUUGAUAUUACUGAUUGAUAGAAAUCUGAGAUUGUUUCAUUUUAGUACAUUUAUUACUAGUGAUGGCUCUUUAAAAAGGUAAAUUGAUACACAUUUCAAUGGGCUGUACUUGAAAAUAUCUACAAAAACACUGCCAUAUACCUACAGACUUGUUAAUCAUCAAUAAGAAGUCACAUAUAGGUUUAUUUUAAUUUUGGUGCACGUGGCAUUAUUUUGAAAUUUGUUUUGAUGCCCAACAAUAUUGGGAGUGUAGGGAGGGGGCAUUUUCUCUGUAUUGUAAUAAACUGAUGUGUGAGCAUGUCUUUUUUUUAAUGCAAAUAAACAUUUUAAAAAGA